AUACCGUAUACUGUACGAUUCCAGUCCAGAGCCGGUGCUAUGCGGUGAACAACGCGUUCCGGUCGUUCCAAUGUGCGUCGUCGACUUGUGCUCAGUAUGAACCGCGCCUUGCUCGUCGUUCGUGUCUCUGUCGUCUUCGAACUGCUCAUCACGCCGGUCUACGCGUCUCUGGCACUUACUCCUCACGAGCUUGGCAUGUUACAGAAAGGCUUCCUCCAUCGAUUUGGUUUUACCCGCGUUCCCGAUCUGUCUGGACCAGCUCUUCCAAUCCCAGAUCAUAUUUGGGAUAUUUACGAAGAAGCGAGUGAGGAUGGGGAAGUGGACUGGAUACGUCACUACUACCCAAAAGAGCUUUUCGAAGUAAAUUCGGGACUACUCGUCUCUUACAAUCUGUCGGCCUCGGUGCGAAACGCGAUUGAGGAAGAAGUUGUGAGAGCCACGCUCAAGGUCAGGCUCAAUAAGGUGAACAGAUCCACUUCCCUAAGGGUGUACGAAGUCGAAGGACAGAAACUCGAGACCCGAAGGUUGCUUGGAUCGAGGACGAUACAUGUCUCUGAAUUCACACGACCCACGGAGUGGAUCGACCUUGACGUUGUGUCUGCUCUUCGCAGUGGAAAAGAUACGGUCGCAUUCCUCAUCGAACAUCCUGAUGCCACGAUUUAUUCAUCGGAACCGCACUCCAUGUCUUCACUUCCGAUGACACGGCAUACGAGCCUUCCGUUGAUUGUUUACAGUGUGCAAAAGGAGCCUUCUCGGGUGCGACGGAAAAGAGCCGCGCCGACUCGCCGCGACCGAAAGAAACAAAGAAAACAGCAUCAUCGUCAUAACGCUACCGAGAGCGGCAUCUGUCAGAAGAAAGCGUUGUACGUCGACUUUGAAGAGAUCGGCUGGCAGGAGUGGAUCUUAGCGCCAAAAAGCUACGAGGCUGGUCAGUGUGUCGGCAAAUGUCCUCAUCCGUUGCCUGCGCACUUGAACGCCACUAACCAUGCAAUUGUGCAGUCGUUAACAAAUUCUCUCAACCCUCAGGUACCACCACCUUGUUGUGUACCGACAGAAACGACACAUCUUUCUAUAUUGUUUUUGGAUGUCGAUAAUAAAAUUAUCAUCAAGAACUAUCCUGAUAUGCGGGUCGAAGCUUGCGGGUGUCGCUAAGACUUUUUCUUGUUCUCCCGGGGCAGCGUUGGGUGUCAGCGGAUUGUCAUUAACUGGUGAUUUUUUGAUGUCCGUUCUUGCCGUUCAAGUCGUCACGAUCUCGCGCUAAACGAUGGAGGCUAUUCGUCCACGUUUCCGCCUCGCUGCCGUCACCCUCUCCCCUUUAUACAAACAAACACAUCCUUCUCUCACUCCUUGUACCCUCGGGUUGCUCGAGAUUUCAGAUUUGAUGUAGGUAUUGUGUUGAUCGACGCCUUCGCUUGCUGCUAAUAAUUGUACAUUUCCUCAUGAUGCUUAUUUUGUGCUUAUGUAAUAAGCAGCUUUCCGAAAAGCAAUGUAUUUUCAACAUUCAUAGUGCUUGAAACCAAAUUUCAAAGUUCAAGUCCAUGAUCUCAUUCCUACUUCCCCUAUAAUUCUCAUCGCUGUUCUACUUCUGAUAUACUCUGCUCUAACCUGCAAUACUCUGUUCCUCUUGCUUUUCCUGUGCUGCUUGCCCAGUGCAUAGUGUUUCGCGUUUUUUUACGAGACUUAGGAUUCUAGAUGUAAUGUACGUUGAGAGAGCAGAUCCAAGUGUAAGUUGUCUCUAGCGCUAAAUUUUACUAUUUGUUGUAGAACUGGCUUCUGCGACUCAGUUAGUAGUAGACAUUCAAUAUACAGAGUUCUAUUGUUUUUGAAACCGAUAGUUAGGGCCGUGCAUGUUGGCUGCAUAUGCAAAGUGCAAAAUCAUGAUCUAUGUUGGGAACUUCCGAUUUCUUAAGUCCACUUCCUUCUCACUGGUACUGUCUCUCAAUUUCUCCAGUACUGAUGUUCAUAUUGUCUGUAUGCAAUGAUAAAAAUUAUUUUGUUGAAUGAAUGUUCUCCUGCAAAA